GUACAGAGCAAGUCCUUUACCUACACAGUUCACACUUUUGCAGUCUCCUUUUCACUGCAUUCAUUCUUCUACUCCAUUUCACUCACCAGUCAGUCGCAAGCAGCCAAAGAAAUCGAAGAAACCCUUCUCCCAUCUAGGAAAAAACAGGGGCGAAGAAGAAAGCUGAGAUUUGAGGAGGGCAAGGGAGAUGGGGCAAGGUAGAGGCUCCACUUUGGUUCACCUUCUGGUGGUGGUUCUCAGCCUCAUCGCUUUCGGCUUCGCCGUUGCUGCCGAGAGACGAAGAAGCGUCGGACAUAUUGUACUAGAUGCAACUAAUGCAACGUACUGUGUCUACAAGUCUGAUGUUGCAACUGGCUAUGGAGUAGGUGCUUUUUUAUUCCUCCUCUGCAGUGAAACAAUACUGAUGGUUGUGACAAGUUGCAUGUGUUUCGGUAGACCACUAACCCCGGGUAGUGAUCGAGCUUGGUCCAUCAUUUAUUUUGUCUCUUCAUGGUUGACUUUUCUGGUUGCAGAAGCAUGUUUAGUUGCUGGUGCAAAGCAGAAUGCGUAUCACACCAAGUAUCGUGGCAUGAUCUUGGCUCAAAACUUCUCAUGCGAUACAUUGAGGAAGGGCAUUUUUAUUGCUGGAGCUGCAUUCGUAGUUGCGACGAUGAUCCUCAACGUCUACUAUUACAUGUAUGUCUCUAAGGCUACAGCUCCCCCCGGCCAUGCUGCUUCUAACAAGGUGAAUCAUUCGAGUUCAACUGUUGGGAUGACGGGGUACGGAGCCAGGGUGUGAGUUUGUAGUGGUGGUGGUGGUACUCUAGAAUAGGCAUUUUGUUUCGUGAAUCUAGUACAUUUAUAUAGAGCUAUAUAUAUGAUUAUAUUGUGGGUUGUGGAUGCACAGCACUGAAGUAGGAAGGCUUGUACUAAGCAAUGUAGAAGUUGAAUUGUCUGUGAAUUUGAGUAGAGGGAGGGACAGUUUAUCUGGUUUUUGGAUUAGUUCACAGAUUCCGGUAAGAGUCGAAACGAAGUGUUCUUUUAUAAAUUUGAGAGUUAGGAACUUGUAAUGUGUGUAUGGGGGUGAUAUGGCUUUAGUCCUCGGUGCUGUUGGCUUGUCAUACUCAAUUAAGGCCUGUUCUAACC